CCUCUUAUCAGUGUGAAAGUGCGAAAGCGCAACUUUUCUUCGCUGGGACGAACCGAAGCAGUCGAACGGUUAGUGUUCCAUAGAUCGGGGAUCAGUUUUUGCCCCCAAUCGCCAUAGCCAUCGUCGGGUGGUUCGCCGUUUGAUUCCGUUUGCCGAGCGGGUUGGACCGUGCCUCGAGUGUGGCUCUGAAGAGGAGGAAAUUUUGAGGAGCCAAUUCUGUGGUGGGCAUUUUGAAUCGGUUUAGUGAGUUGUGCUUUUCACCUGUUGCGUGCUGUGGAGGAAGCUCGUCAAUUAACUGUCCUGCAGCGGAAUCGCGGCGUGGAGGCGUGAAGGAAUAAAUUGCCGGUUCAUCGCAUUAGCCGGAGCGUCAGCGUUGCCGUGAAGUGAAGCCUUUCCACCGAGGAGCACAUAAGACCGUAAACGGUUCAGCACCUGAGAAAGCCACUGUCACAUUUCGUGAUCUCUCCUUCCGGCACCGCAACCCAAGCGAGGAAAAAUGCUGUCCAGCAGUAUGAGCUCGAGGCAGAUUCUGCUCGUCCUGGCCCUGUUGCUGUGUGUUGUCAAAUUGACCACCGGUCGACCACAAAACGCAAUCGACAACCAGGAUGCCCCCGAGAUAAAUCUGAACGAGCUGCGGAAACUGUACUCGAACUACAACCCGUACGUGUCGAACUCGCUGGAUGAUUACGGGCUGGAUCGGUUACAGUUGCAGCUGCUGGCCCAGUACGCCCAAAGCAAUGCCAUUGGCGGAGCGGGUGGCUGGGACCAGCUGUACCGUGCCCCGGAGAUGAAGCGUCAGAUCCGGUAUCGUCAGUGCUACUUCAACCCCAUUUCCUGCUUCAAGAAGUAAGCGGCGAUCGUCCGCACCGAAAAGCAAAGCCCACACACAAACUCAUCCGCCCCCGCGAACUUUCGUUUUGGGAUUGUGUGCUCCUGUGUUUUCUCAUCAUCCGUUUGUAAGAACUGUUCGUGACACUUUUACCUAUCUUGUUAAGCACCCCGCUGGCACUGCUGGGAAGGACGUCCAAAUGGCAUUCCUGGAGGGUAGGCCCCCACAUAGCGAAGCAUGGCGCUCACACCACCAAAUGAGUCCACCUUAACCUGCACCUAGGCGUAAGAUAACAUGCGACCAACAACACCUUCAAUAAGAUCUUCUCCAGCAUACCGGAAGGUCUAAUUAGAGCCAAUCGACUGAAGCGUCAUCGUUUCGUUUCGUUCUGUGUUAAACAAAGACAACAUGACUAAUCACAACUUAAUAAUGGCAUCAAGGCGUCGUAUAUCUCUGUAAAUGCUAGUCAGUCAGUGCUACCCGGAAACGGAUUGCCGUUUCUCUUUGAUGAAGUAAAAUCGUACAUUAUAAAGGAAAUCUGUACUAAUAAGAACAUCACUUCAUUUGGGAUUGUUUGUAAAUUAUUGGACAUAUACUGUGGGAUGAUACAAUUAAAUGUAGGAUCUCAUAUUGAAAGAAGUACAUUUUUAAAUUGCUACUAUCAUCGUUAAGCUAAAAAGUUCUAGUAUUCUUAGCGAGAGGAAGCAAAAUGAGAUAAAUAAAAUAUUUUUGUUAGCAAUUAAAGUACUGAAUCCGAAACGAGUGUUUCACUUUCUUGCAAGACGAAGGAGAAACUGUCCCCAAAUAGGAAAUCCUCUAUUGAAGACGACAUCACAGAUUUCGGUUUCCGAUCUUCAAUAAACUCCUUCGCUUCAUUAAACAUUUUGGUACAUUUUGAUUUGGUAAUAUGAUAGCAACAUUGCAUUGAGCGUGGCUUGAUGUGGAUAGGCAAUGACGACAAUAGAAUCCCGAUGCUGAUGUAAGACAUGUAAUCAUCAAGGUGAGGAAUUGGAUAAUGUGCAAUUACAUACACAGG